AUGGCCUCAGGUAAUGAUAUUCUGAGCACAUCGGAGAGAAAUCUCAUGAAAGAUGUGACAGAAGACAUUGGGCCCCUUCAAAGAUAUCGGUACAGACUGACAUAUGACACAACUGAUGCUCAGUACAAAUUGAUCAACGCAGAGCAAGAGCUCCGAGAACUUGUUCAGAAAGAAGAAUCCCUCACUAAAGACCUGGAUCAACAAAUGAGAUAUACUUUCCGUGUCGAAGAAAUCAAAGUGAUCGAAAGCCAGCUGGACGAUUUAAAUCAACAAUAUUUCGUCCUUCGACAGAAAUGGUUACGAUGUCGUAACGAAUUCACUGAGUACCUAUCGAGAGCCUUUGAUCUCUGGCGCUCUUAUCCCAACUGGUAUCUCCAUCCCGUGCUACAAAGGGAUUGCGCUUUAAAGGGUGGCUGUUGCGGUCGCAGCUGUGGAUGCUGUUUGAAGCGCGCUACAGCUUCUAGCUCUGAUCAUAAACUUGGAAUUGGACAUUGCUCCGUUGAAUGUGCAUGCUGUAUCCAAUCCCGACCCUUUGAGCUUAUCGAUGCACGAAAGGCGGAGUCGCGUAGUUUGGCUCAGGUUUCGAGUUCAACUUAUAGGUAUGAUGACCAGAUUUUACGGGCUUCGAUAUGGGGAUUGGUAAAGGACAACGAGGAGAAUCCAUUGGAUUUGAUUAAGCGCCCUCCUGUGCAUUGGGAUAUUUAG